UUGAUGGCGUUGCUUUCCUUCCAUCCUACCCCUUAACAAAGUCCUACCAAGAUUGCACACACGUUUGUUGUCACUAAUGAUUAUCACAUUGGCAUUUACAAUUCUUUGUUUAUCAACCAUUUAUAAAAUUUGAUUAUUUAAUAUGACAGAGCCAGUACCGACGACAGAAGCUUCUAAAAAAAUUCAAGCUAUCAACAGAGAAACUGUUCAUCAUAUUUGUUCUGGACAGGUAGUAUUUGAUUUAGCAACUGCUGUAAAAGAACUAGUUGAAAAUAGUUUGGAUAGUGGUGCAACAGUUGUUGAAAUCAAGCUUGUAGACUAUGGUCAAACUUGCAUCAGCGUUAGUGACAAUGGAUGUGGAGUUCUAGAAGAUGACUUUGAAGGUUUAGGCUUGAAGCAUCAUACAUCAAAGCUACAGGAAUUCUCAGACUUAACGGAAGUGGAUACUUUUGGAUUUCGAGGGGAAGCUCUAAGUUCGCUAUGUGCUCUUGCUGAUUUAAGUAUAGUUACUAAACAUUCUAGUAGUGUACAUGCAUAUAAAUUAGAAUUUGAUAGAAAUGGCAUCCUGAAAACGAAAGAAGCAUGUGCUCGAGACACUGGUACUACUGUUCAUGUGAGAAAUAUAUUUAAAAGCCUACCAGUGAGAGCUAAGGAAUUUCAGAGAAAUAUUAAAAAGGAAUAUAAUAAGACUCUACAAAUAUUAUACAGCUAUUGCCUAGUAUCAGUGAAUAUUAAAAUUACCUGCAGCAAUACAAUAAGCGGGAAAUCAGUUAAUCUUCUUAUGUCUACCAUGGGAACAGAGAACGUCCUGACAAAUAUAAACUCAGUAUUUGGCAAGAAAGCUUCAGAAGCUCUUGUCGCAGUUAAAGCAGAAACGCCAGAUGAAUUUACUCUUCAGGAAUACAAUCUAUCUAAUGAUACUACCUUUGACUUUUCCUGGGAGUGCUAUGUAAGUAGCUGCGUACAUACACUAGGGCGUUCUACACCAGACAGACAAUUCUUCUACGUAAACGGUCGUCCUUGUGAUUUAGUCAAAGUGUCAAAAUUAAUAAACCACGUAUAUCACAAGUACAAUAAUAAACAAUACCCAUUUGUCUUCUUGAAUUUGAAACUUAAUCAAAAUUGUACAGAUGUCAAUGUGACACCUGAUAAGAGAACAAUAUUUUUUACCCAAGAGAAAAUGAUCUUAGCUACUAUUAAAUCUAACCUGGUGCGCGUGUGGGAUAAACUCCAAGGUAACUUUAUGCCAGUGACCUUACGAGACCUAAGUGUGAAGUUCAAGAGAGGUAGUUCGCCAACUCUUUCACAAGAACCACCUGCAAAGAGACAGCAAACUACUGGGACCAAAGUACAGAAAAUCAAGAAAGAAGUCAAGGACGAUGAAACAGACGGGGAUGAUAAUGUAGAAUACAUAGAGAAACCAGAAGACAUGACAAUGACUAUCAGCAUUAGUUCAGUAAGAAAAGCAUUCUUAUCCAGAAAGACAUCUACAGCAAUUAAUGGAAAUGAUCAGAAUAGGAUAAAAUAUAGAACACAGAUAGAACCAGGCCGAGAUUCAGAGGCUGAAAAAGAACUUCAACGAGAACUCACAACGGAUUCUUUUGACAAGAUGCAAAUCAUAGGACAAUUCAACUUGGGCUUUAUAAUAACACAACUUUAUGGUGACUUAUUUAUAGUGGAUCAGCAUGCCAGUGACGAAAAAUAUCGAUUCGAAAAGUUUAGUAACGAGACAAAAUUAAAAACACAAAAACUUAUAAUUCCUAAACCACUAAAUCUUGCUUCCCUUAAUGAAAAUGUUCUUAUCGAGAAUCAAAAAAGCUUCGAAGACAAUGGAUUCAUGUUCCAAGUAAAUGGAGAAGCCGAACCUGGUCAUCGAGUAGAACUCAUAGGAAUGCCAGUUAGCGGUGGAUGGCAGUUCGGCCAAGAAGAUAUAGAGGAACUGAUCUUCCUUAUUAAAGAAGGUGGUGAUCCUGAAGGUGGUCAGAUUCCUCGACCCAGCAGAGUGCGACAGAUGCUAGCAUCUCGAGCUUGUCGUAGUGCAGUUAUGGUUGGAAAACCGUUGAACUUUCCGGAAAUGCGCCGACUGGUAUCUCAAAUGGGUCAGAUGAAAAUGCCCUGGAAUUGUCCUCACGGUAGACCUACGAUUCGGCACCUCUUGUCCUUGACUGCAUUAAAAUGAUAGCAGGAGCUUCCUGCGGUGACUCCAA